UCACAUUUUUAAAAGAAAUAUUUUUAAACGCUUACAGUACCGUUGUUUAUUGUUGUACACUAUACACUAUACAACUGACACAUAACAACUCAAUGAGCUAUUAUCGUAUGCACGCAAAAAAAAGAUCUUUUUCAAGAAUUUUUAUUUAACAUAAAAAAUAAUUGUGGAAUGCCAAUGUUUCUAUACAUAAAAGUACAAAAUUCAUGUAGGUUAUUAUCAGGAAAAAAAAUGUAUUUAUAAGAUUAUUACAUGUACUAUAACGUAUAAAGACACUAACAUUUCAUUCUUCACAAAAAUCUUUUAUUCUUUUGCGUGUAUGACGAUAGCCCUCUGAACGAUAUUUUUCUUUUUCAUGGUGAAAUUAUGUUUUCUAAUUUAACAAAGUGUCUACGAGUACAACAUACGGAAAGGCAUUAACGUUCGAGAAUCGAUAGUUUGGUACUUAAUGGGUUAACACAUGGAUUCUCUUGACAUUUUAUCAUCAUACUAACUCGCUACUAUAUACAAAGCUACGAAUGAUUAACUACGCGUCUGUGACAAGACGCGAAUAAGUUGGUAAGCUGGCGAACUCUUCGGCGAAACCACUUUCAACUUUGCCCGAAGACUGUAAUUCAAGUUACGGGGGGUAUACGUAAGCACUCGGUCGUCCUAACUUUUCAAGAAUUUCAGACUUUCGACGGCACGUCGACGUUCAGCGAAUAUAUUCGUAUUAUCCUACAGCUCGCUUUAUAUUACUCGUGCUUUCAUCUCUCAUGUGUGCGCAACUACAGCCCAUAAAUUUCAGACAAUCUUCGUGAGCUGUUACAGUUUUGAAUAUACCAAGCAAACAGCUGCAAUUACCAUUUAACUUCGUAUAUCCUAUUUUCUUAGAGUGUACAUAACCAUCACACGUUUAAUGGUUUAUUUUAUUUUAUAGCGUAUACCUGCCUUCAUUCGUCUCGCCAUAAAUCAAUCGAUACGCGACAAAAACGAGAUGCAUGAAAGUGUAGCUCAUAAUUAUUCAAACGACAGGAUGUUUUAGCUUUAUUUCAAAUGUUCAUUCGAACCAUUAUUUAAAUUAGUAUCUUCACUGUCAAAAAACAAGUGUGCAUUUGAGUUUAGAAAAGCAUAAAGUAAAGUGAAAUCCGUUAAAAAUUUAUUCGACUACCGUUAAUUUUAUAAAAAAUUUCAUUGAGAAGCUACUCCAAGUUUUUUAAACCACUUAGGUUAUCAGAAAAAUAUUGAUCCUGCUCUUUUAUAUUUCUAAACUUGUACGUCUGUUAAAUGUAAUAAUGAUCUGACUUUCUUUUAUGUUUCAGAUUUCUAUUGUAAUAGUGUCUUUAACUUUGAAAUUUAAAAUUACUAAAUAUUUAAAUUUAAAUAUGAUGUGUGUAACGUACUUCGCCAUUGUAUAUAAAAAUUUGAAUAUUAUACAUAAAUGAAUGACAUACACGUAGUAAACAAUGUGUUAACAGAAACACCGUUCAUGAUUCUUAUUAUCAUAAAUUUGGAAGGUGUCUAUCAGUCAAUGCAAAUUAACUCGGAACAUAUUUGUUUGUCAACAGAUUUUGUGAUAUUAAUUCUUCCCAACAUUGAAGCAAAAUUCCUUUGGACAACUAUAUUAUAUUUGAGGAACUUUGAAACGUUAAAUAAUAAGAAUUAAUAAACAUUAACACAUUACUUACAAGUAAUGCCGUUCCAAUAAACAUAAACAAUACUCUUAUACAACCGUCAUAAAUAAACGCUCACUUUUAAUAACUACAAAAUUAAUACCCACACAUAAUUAAUCCUGCAUUUUGCGCCGUGAUCGAUACCAGAACCGGGCAGAAUUUUAUUCCAACAAUGCUCGACAAAUGAAAGCCAAGCACAGAAAUUUCCAAAUAAGUUUUAUACUCGUUCAACGGGAAAUAUAAUUCCAUUCUAUACUUUAAUUAUUAAUUUUUCAAUCCUCUUUUAUUCGCAAUUUUAAAUUUGUACACAGUUCAGAAUUUUGCACAAUUUGGAUCGAUACCCGGCAUACAUUAUAAUCAAUUUUUCGCCACGCAUAAUACUUUUGAAAAUCAUCACUGGAGAAAAAUUGGUUUCUCUAAAAUUCACCCUAAAAUUCAACUCACCAAUUUAUCACACCGUCACAGAUAUUAUUAAAUUACAAAACAUCGAACGAUUUCAUUCAGCUUUCGUUUUCGUUCCACACCCCCAAAUUAGGUGGGACGACGCUAGCCCCGAUUUACCGAUAAAUCGAGGAAUCUACUAUAUAUGUAUUUACACAUCCAUUAAUAAUUACUAGUCGAGUAUGACCAUUCGGACUAAAUAAUGGCGUUGGGGAUGAUGGCAUCGACGACUCGUUUCACCGUGAUAUAUUAUCGCGUGACUACUGUUUCGUUUUCAACGACCAAUCAUCCCCCGUUGUGACCAGUAACCAUAGAAAGGAACGUUGAGUUAAAAAACACAGCGAAGAGUAGACACUACCUAAAGACAGGGCGGUAGAGCUUCGUAGCUUCUUCCUAGCAACGGGUAAUUAAUACUCUUCGCCUACAAUAUGUACACGGUACAAAAAUAAUUAGAAUAACUGCGACCGUUCUCAACUCCAGGAUCGAGGACCACCCUUUUCCUGUUCCGCUCGUUUAACCGUUCACUAUCCUGCCACAAAAGACAAUUUCCGACUAGAAUUUAAUUCUUCUUUCAUUUACGGAUUUAAUUCAAAUUUUAUUUCGCUCGUGGUGGCUAUCAAUCUAUCGUUCUUCUCUAAUUAGGAUUAGUUGAAUCUCGUGCAUUUAUUUUGUCUCGUUUACAACAGGGUUUCCCAAAUUGUAUUCCGUAAUGAAUAAUUAAGAAAAUAGAGUAACAUAAAUAACUUCUGCACAUUUGUAGUAUACAUCAUUUUCGUAUCAUUGUAAUUUUUAUCAUUAAUUUAUAUCUGUCAUUUAUAUACUGACAAAUAUUACUAGAUAUAUAUUUACAAAGAUCUCAAAUUUAGUUUUUCCUUUUGAAAGUUUAAUAUGCGUUGUAUUCGUGUAUAUUCGGAGCUACGAAUAUAACAUAAUUGUUAUGGUAUGAAGUUGAUCAGUGAUUUUUUUUGCAACGUUUUCUCGUCAUAUUUUGUCAAUAAAAUAUAUUACAUCUUUUCAUGCAAAAUACAAUUUCAAUUUUCUACCGUUUUUAUAACCUGCAUAUGUGUAUAGCUAUUUUUACUCUAAUUUCAAAAAUAAAUUUCUUUAGUCUAAAACCAAACUAGCUGUAGAAGAAUGAAAGUGUUCUGUAAAUACAUACAGUGUAGAAUCAUAAAUAUCCUGUAGAUAAAUACAUUUGGGAAACACUGCUCUACAAUAUGUCGAGUUUUCGCUUUGAAUUUUUCCUCUGACAAUAUAUAUUAUUUAUAUAUAGUAAGAAACUUUAACGCCAUAAAACAUAAAACAUAGAAAUAGGAUUAAGAGUACCUACACUACCCAAGCAGGCCAAAACAUAAUACAGUCUGGAUAAACCACCCAAUUAUUGACACUUCAAGAGAUGAUCGUACAAAAAAAUCGCAAAAAUGAAUUUAUUGGAAUUUUUGUUUACAUUGUCGUACCGUUCAGAAUACUCAGAAAUUUAAUAAAUAAUUAAAUCUGAAUUUGAAAUUCAAAAUCAAAUAAUUUUGAUAAAUGCAACGAUUUUAUCAGAGGAAAGGUAUUUCUACCAUUUUAUUUAUUGAAAUCGGAAUAAAAUAUCUUUAAAUUCCACGAAGUACGAAUUAAAUUCACCGUUUUCCUCAGAAAUCUUCGAAUUCUUCGACACCACGAAUCGCACAUUUUAUUUCCCGCUCGUAAAUUCCCGUAAUACGCGAAAAUUACGAAUUUCGCGUACCUCUGUGCGUGACAAGCAUACGUAAUUGCACAAAGAUCCACGCGGGAACAGUUCUUUUCCUUAAAUUAUAGCGAUUUCCGUGAACGUGCAAUUUUUACCACGAGCUUCAUAGACCAUGCGAAAAUUUCACUCGCAAUUAUUUCCCGUUUAAUUUCUGCUUCUACCAUCGUCCUUUCUUCGCCGAAAAUACUCCUCGAAAAACGCAAUCGCUGCACCAGCGCGACGAUUCUUUCGAUACUAAAUAAAAAUUCGAGAACGAAUCGCCUAAUUUAUUUUCAAUGUGGCGGCACUUGGCGAAAAUUAAAGUUAUAAAUAAAUAGAAGUAAAUAAUAGAUUAAACGUAAUUUUAGUAAUCUAACCACGAUUCGGUGGAAAUAUCAUUGGUGAAGACAGGACGUUAAUUUAGGGUUUGGCAUCUUUCCUGAGUUGAGAACAAGAAAUUGCAUCAUCUAAACUAAUCAUUAAAGCUUUGGAUUUCACUCCGUUCGAUGAUCAUUCCGCAAAAUAAAUCACGUGUUCGGAUUUUCGGCAGCUUGGUUAAUAGUUAAUCAUAGAAUGUUUCGCGAAAUGCAUGCUUUUUAUCUUCUUUUUCACGAUUGGUUUCGAUGGUAACGCGUGCAAUUACACGGCGGAGACAAUUUGUAUUUCAUGGAUGGUGUUGCGUGGCACAUCUUAACUGCACAUACCUCUUUUAAAAUAAAGAAAGUGUUAUUUUUCUACAUGUGUAUUUCCACAUUACUUUGUUUUACCACAUCAUUAAGAUUAUACGUGAUAAUACGUGUACCACUACGGUAACAUUCGUGAAGAAUGUGCGUACGCACCAUAAAAAGAAAAAAAAAAUACAUGUCGAAUUGAGUAAUCUCUUCCUUUUCGAAGUCGGUUAAAAAUUUAUCAACAUUUCAUUCGUAGACUUGUUCUUGUUCUCAUGUUCUUAUAUUAUUUUUAUCCUCCAUUAAUAAUUACAAUGUUUUUAUGUAAAUGAGAAUCACUGAAAGUGUUGGAAAAUGAACCAUUAACUAAAGUACACAUUUUUAAAUUGUUAUUAGACUUCUAUAAAAAGAAAUAGUGCAACAGCAUUUUUUCAGAAUGAGCUUAUUAAGAAAAACAACCUUCCUAGUCUUACUUUUAUAAAUAAAGUCGAAUAUCAUUUCAACUGCAUAUAUUUUCCAUCCGAGAAAUCAUCAGAAACAUCCGAAAAUAUGUAAAACGUGAAGUAUUCAUUUUUUUUGUUAACAGUUAACACUUGCAUUAUUUUAAAAAAGUGCAAUAAAGGAUAGAAUCUGUAUCAGUUAUAUGAUUCGUUCUGUACACAGGCAAUGCAUCCUGCCUUGACAUUUUAUCAUUGUCGUUUUUAAUCCAUAAAUAUACACAUACACGAACAUUCUUUAUACAGAAAUAAUUUGUUUAAAUCAGAGAUAGGCCAAAUUUGAUUCGAACAACAAAUGAAAAACCGCCGUUUAUUCCAUUGUACAGCUAUAUUUUUAUUUGUUGAACGUACAAUAUUUCACUUCACAACUUAUAUUGGAAUUAUUACUAUUCAACGAGCAGCAGAUCAAAAAUUCUCGAUACUCUAAUCAUUAUUCGAAAUUUUUAUCCGGAUAAGAAUGUUGCCAAUCUUUGGUGUAAAUUCUAGUACAUUUUAAUGGAUUAACGACUGACAAUCGAUUCAGAAAUUUUUUGACGAUGUCUUGAUUAUUUAAUCUCUUAGUACGUAUAAAAUCUUGAACACACUCAAAAGAUCGAGGAAGCUGAGUUCAUUCGCCAAUAAUUUCAUCUGUUAAUGUUGAUUUCGUUGUUGCUCGAUAAAAUUGUUCCCAGACUAAUUGUAAGAAGAGCUCGACAUCUAAGAGACGACUGACUAGUGAUUUUAGAAUACUAAUUCAAAAGUAAUAAUUGAAGAUAUUCGGUAUGAGAUACUCUUAUGAGAUUACAGAUCAACUACAGAAUUAAUUAUAAUGUCGUCGAUGUACGUGACCGUUCUAUCAAAGGAGAAGUUGAAAAACGUUCAUUUUCACAACAACUGAGAACUAUUGAGAAAUAAUGCAGAAGUUUGUGUUGGUUUGUGCUGUAACUCAACUAAAUUUUCAGUUAACUUUUUUGAUAUUGGUAUUGUAUCAACCAUUAACCCAUAAUUACUAGUGCUACCAACACCAAUUUACAGUCAAUGCAAAUUUGUACAGUACGUUGACCAUAAAUUUGCUAAUUACGUUGAAUUUUGAUAACAAAACACGUAAAGUUUACGGUACAACUGGCAAUCAACAGAUAAACAUUAAAAUUAAUUUAUAUAAAAUAAAUGAAAUAAUUUUAUUUAACAUUCUUCUCAAUCGCAUUAAGCUUUGGAUUAUGGGGCAAAGUGAAUAAUAACUACAAUUACUCAUUGUAAGAUAUUUGCCAAAAAUGAUAUUAUAUUUUUUCACUCCUAUGCAAGGAACGCCUAAAAGAUUAAGGCCUCCAUUGAAGAAUCUCACAAAUGAACAAGAAAUAUCAGAUUUUUAUGUUCCAAAUGCAAGAGUCUAGGGAUGAAAUUCAGGAGAUAGUCUCAAGUGAAGAGCUACUGAGCAUGCUUGGGGAGAGAAUUUGCGAGGAGCGAGAUCUAAAUAGGUACACAAGAAAUUAGAAAUUUCAAAAUUACUUUCGAAAUAAAGGAAAUAAGGAUGAAUUUAUAUUCGAUAUUUCCCUGAUAUUCAAAUCAAAUGGAUCAUGUAGACUCAUUAAUAGACUGCGGAUCCUUAUGCAUUUAUAGGAAAUUUGAAUGUGAAAGAAACUACAAAAUGCAAACAAUAUGCAAGAAUAUAAAAAAGAUGGAAAGUAAAGUUCAUGUUGUUAUAUUUGCAGAAUAAAAUAAAUUCCUGUUUAGAUUCAAUUCUUGUAGGCACGUUCGCGAGGAUUUUAUUUUGCAUAAAGAUCUGCAGUCUACUCAUUAUCAAUUUAAAGAAAUUAAAUAAAUUUGAUCUCUACGAAUCUCUUCAGAUUGUAAUAUGUAGGAACGGUAAUGAGACUCUUAACCACGGAUUCUAAGAUUGAAGAAACUAAAUUAAUUUAUCUGUAUGAAUCGCUUCUAAUUGGAAUAUGUAGGGUAACAAGAUUCUUAAUUGCGGAUUUUAUGGCAUAAUAAAAAAUAACAAAAUUUGUUACGCGAAAGAUUAUAAAUGACGAAGUCUAACAAGGGCGUAAGAACGUAACUAAAUACAUGAAACUGUCGUGUAGAAAAUGUCUUUUCCUUUUUGUCCGAUACAUUCCAGCGUGAAACGCUCAAGCGCUACGAAACGCAAUCGACCCCUUUGUAUUGAAUUUUCAUUGACUCCCGCCAGACAAAUGAUGGAAAACGUUUAAUGGAAGAUAACGCGAUGCCCGCAAAAAUGAGUCCCGCCAAAGCCUCUGGAUUUCAAUGUCAUGACGCUGUUCGAGCGACUCACUUGCCGAGCAUUGUUCGUGUCAAUUAACCGCUACGGUAAUUACUGCGCUUUGUUCACGAAUGCGAGCACUAAAUUACGACUCUAGACGAGCCAAUGAAAGUCCAGCCGUUCGUUUUCAAUUUUUCUAUUUUCCAGUUUCGCGACAUUUUUAACGCGAGCACCAGCGAGGUAAAUAAAAGUGAACUAUCAACGGUAUUGAGGUUAUACAGGUUGUAAAACGCUAGAUGGCGUGUGUAGUAGAGUAUUGCGCAACAAUUGUCUCUCCAACAAACGGAAUUUACCGCGACGUCUGACCAAUUACUUGAAAAUUACUGAAACUGCUUCGUCCAUGAAACGGAACUCUUCGGUUCGCGUCUUCUCCUAAACACUCUUCGAAAAGCUAAUUACUCUCUUGUCUCAUUCCAAUAUCGUACAAUACAUUUAAACAACCGCUAUUCAAAGAACUCGAAACCCUUCAAUUGCAACCCUAUCCACACAAAACAAUUUCCUUGAAUUUACAACAUUUCUCGAAGUAACCUCCAAUGUCCAUGCAAUAAAACACUCUUACACACCUGGGCACAACAGGACAUCCGUUGCUGCUACCUUUGUUUCUAUCCGCUGCGGAAAAACCCGAAAACGUAACUAACGAGGAGAGGCCGCGAACUGGAGGUCACGGAUUUCAAUCAGCUUUUAACAUAGUAUAGUACUCUACUAGGAAAGUGUUUGAGCAAAGCGGUAAGGCGCACUGCUCCGUCGUUUUUGAUAAAAUAUUAAUUUGAAAAAAUGUUAAGCUCACGUAUCUUCGAUUCCGUUAGAAUAGUUCACAAGACGACAGCAUAGCUGAGGCAGUUUAGGCUGCAAAUACCAUACUUCGGGCUUGAGUUUGAUUCCCGUCUGGUAUGAAUUCUUUUUAAAAUUUUUGUUCUGUGACGUGACCACAAAUUUAUUCCUGUAAAAUUAAAUAAAUUUUACAGAAACAAAACUUAAAAAAUACCUUACAACGAGAACACAAUUAUCGAUGCUAUAAACUCGAUUACAUUUAGCGAUGCUUGCAAAACAAAUCUGUUAGUCGUAUUAAUGAGUUUACUUUUGCUCUUAGAUGUUCGUUUAAAUAUUAGAUUACUCGUUUUUUUUUCAUACAUGUUUAACUAUUCUGCGGCGAGUUUUUAGUAAAUAUUAAGUCUAGAAUUAUUUAACAGAAACGAAGAGUUCUUUUUUAUUGAUGGUUUACCAUCCCGAAUUCGUUCUAAUCGAACACAAACCUAGCCUUUGACGGUAGUUCAUUAAAUUCAUUUUUGAAUAAAGUUACACAUUCCUUCCUUGAAAUCAACGUCGUCACGCCAUUUUCACCCUGUUGGCAGUGCCGCACCUUGUAUAAAGUUUUGUAAAUAUGUUCAAUUUGUUAAUAUUUUAAUAGGUUUAGUAUUGUAAAUAUGUUAAAUGCGUUGCUUGUUACGAAUGAAAGGCGUUAAAUCAUGUAAUGUAACAGUGGCGUAUACAUGUAUAAUUGUUGGAAAGAUAAGCACACCGAAUAUUACCAUCGCGUUCAAAUAUCACGGUUACAGAUAUCAUUGGAAGAAGGACAUGUAAAUAUCGCGCAUUUAGGUUAAACCUUUAUUUUGCUAUUUCUUCUUCAUGUACGCUCCGAAUACCGAAGCCGUAACUCGAAUAGCAGCGCGAUUCGUCCGCGCGCACGUUGUCGCUAGGACGAAUCGAGCGGUUUGGUGGGCGCGCCAAGCGCGAGACGCGGUACAACUCGUAACCAAAGUCUUGCGUGUACCGAGUCGCGAAAUCUCGAAGACUUUUUCUAUAAACUGGCGACGAUCACGUGGUUCUAAGAUCCUUUGUCUCCAAAGCUUCCACCGAGUUUACGUGGUCGAGCAAGGCACGAGCCUUCUUACUUCUCAUCGUACAGUCGCGCGAGCGUGAUAGCAAUCCGAGCGAGCUAAGUUAGAGCAGAGUUUGCAUUAUCGUGAACUUAGUAGUAUUAUACGAAGGCGACCAGAACAACGCACAUAAUCGAGACCAGCGUUUUUCUCGACUUGUAUUGUAAAGAUAUUUAGUGUUCCUGGUGAAAAGCCAUGCCGCCAAAACGGAAGAAAGCUGUCAAAAAGAUUUCCAUCGAAACAAUACCACCGAUGGAGUCGGAUAUUCUGGAGGUGGAACCAGAUGAGCCACCGAAGCCAUUGAUAUCAUCGGUCACUGGCGAACCUUUUGGACCUCGGGUACAUCAAAUCGUCGAGAAAGAGGAAGACAAAAGCUCUGAUGACGAACCCGAGUCGGAAAGCGAUGAUGAACUCAGGCUCUUGAAGGACGACACACCGGAAGUGCCCUCAGAAUUUUGGCACAUACAAAAACUGAUCAGAUAUAUGAAAGCUGGCAAUCAAACCGCGACCAUGGUGGCUCUCUGCCUUCUAAAGGACUACGAUCUCACCAGCAGGAUCAUACAGAAAGCUAUUCAAGAAAUGGGAGGUCUGGAAAUCUUGGUGAACCUCCUCGAGACCAAAGAUCUAAAAUGCCAGAACGGUUCUCUGUCAGUUUUACUACAGAUUGCGAGUUCCGCAGACAUGCGACGGUAUCUAAUCGAUCUUGGUAUUGUAACACCGUUGAUUCAAAUGUUAAAGCAUCCUGCUAGGGAUAUUCAAGUUCUAGCUGCAGAGACUAUGGCCAUCAUCGCACGAAUUAGAAAAGCGAGGAAACAAAUACGUAUUCGAGGCGGUAUACCUCUGAUCUUGGACGCAAUGGACGUGCCAGAUGCUAUUCUACGGCGAUCUUACGAUGAUUUAAGCGAAACUAAGAAGGAAUUGGUAGCAGUUGCAAUAGGUUGCGCAAAAGUUUUGGACUCUAUAAGCAGUAGCCCGAAAGUGAGGGAAGAACUUCGAAAACACGGGGUAGUAAAGCUUAUGGAACGUUUCCUGAAAUCCGAACACACCUCUUUGAUAAUACCUAUGAUGGGUGCCGUUCAACAGUGCGCGAAUAUGGAAGUGUUUCGUGAAGCGUUCGAGCAUACGGACAUCAUCUACGACGUGGUGCGGCUACUGGAAAACGAGGACAUUAAAUUGAAAGAGAAUUGUGCCUUGGCUAUAUUCAACUGCGGCCCAAAUAAAGUCGCUAGGGACAUAGUUCGGGAGGCGAACGGUCUAGACAUGUUAUGCAAGUUGGUGCAAAGCGAGGAUGUUUGCAAGAACAAGCGUUUGCUUGCCGCAGUCACAGGUGGAAUCUGGAAAUGUGCUAUGAGCCCAGAAAAUGUAGCAAGAUUCAAUCAGAACGGUUUGGUGCUGUCUCUAGUGCCUCUCUUAGAGGAGCACGAGGACGAGGAUGUGCUAGUGAACGUCGUAGGAGCUCUGGCAGAAUGUUGCAAGGAUCCUGUUAACAGAGACGUUUUGAGAGUUAACGAUGGUCUGCCAAAGUUGGUCAGAUUGCUGAGUUCCACGUACGAACCUCUAUUGGAGAACAUACCGCUGGUGAUAAAGGAGUGCGCGCAGAAUGAACAGUGCAUGGACAUCAUCAACGAUCCUGAACACAUUUUGGAUGGAGUUCGACUAGUCUGGUCGUUACUGAAACAUCCCAGCGUCAUAAUCAAGAGAAACGCUUGCCUCGCAUUGGUCCCUUGCAUCAAGCACGCCAAAGAUUCACCGGAAAUGGUGCGAGCAUUCGUGGGUGGAUUGGAGCUCACUGUCAGCCUUCUUGACAGCACGGACACCGAAGUUCUCAGCGCAGUAUGCGCUACCAUCGCCGAAAUCGCCACCGAUCCCGAAAACCUGGGUAUCCUCAGUGAUCACGGUGUGGUGGAGAAAUUGGCGAAGCUUGUGACAACGGAUAACGAGGACUUGCGUGCAAAUCUGACAUUAGCCAUAGCUUUCUGCAGCGAAUGGGGGGAGAAUAAUUACAAAUUUGGCGAACUAAACGCAGUCGCACCACUUGUUAAUUAUAUGACCAGCAAAAAUAAAAAUGUCCUUAGAGGAGUGUGCAUAGCAGCGUAUCAUUUAAGUAAAGAGCCCACGAAUUGCAUUACUAUGCAUACUUCUGGCGUAAUAAAGCAUGUACUACGUUUGGUUGGAUCGGACGAUUUGGAAGUGCAAAUCGCCGCUGCAUCCACGAUUCGAAAUAUUAGAAACCUUGCGCUGACGGCGGAAAAGUUGCACUUUAAAGAAAUAAAUACGCUGGAAGAAACGGAUUUUCUUUUGUAACAUAGCGACCUUCCGAAUGCCGUAACAAGAAAUAAGUAGUCAAUUGAAAAAUGUGUAAUAGAGAUACCUUUAUUUGGAUAAUAUAAUAAGACUCUUGUUUGGAUUUGCAAAACCUUGUAUAUUUAAGUAUAAUUACAUUGUUGCAAUUACAUCGCAUAACGUUUAGUAAAAUAAAUCAUUGAAGAACAUGAUCCCUUUUUAUCAUUUAGUUUUAACAUUAUUACAAAAAACAUUUGUAGCAUUUAACUUGCAUGUAACAAGAAUUUAAUUUCCUAGAUACUAACAGUGAUGUACAAUUUGUAUGCAAUUUAUGUAUAAAAUAUACAUCAUACGUUAUAUAUAAAUAUGGCUAAUCGAUCCAUUCCUCUAUAUAAAAUACAGGGUGAUUAAAAAGGUAGCGAACAUAUUGAAAAAUGUGUUAUUCUUCAGAACCAAUUUGUAGAAGGUCACUCUCAGUCUACGUAAUUUAAAACAUUCAGAAAAUAACUUAAGUCACACAGUUCUAAAAGCGUUCAAUACUUUUUAAAUCUCCCUGUAUAUUAGUUCACAAAGAAAUCAACUGCUAAU